AUGGCCACAGAAUCUCGGCGAGUGCGUCCGCGCACCGCACUGCCGAUUCCACCUCCUGCUCCUAUUACGAGCCGGCCUACCUCAAGCCCAACGGCCUCCACCGGGAAUGUGGGUUAUCAACCCACCGCCACGUCCGCCAAGGGGACGUUCUCGCACUCCGAGCCUGUAAUUUUCUCACAGCUUUCGAAGCCCGACGCCAUGAACAAUGGCCUUUUUGCUUUGCCAACGCACCGGCAUGCGUGGAAACAUUCUGGAGUGCACGCUUUAUGCGAGCUCUGCGGUCAGCCAUGUUCAGUUUUCAGUUCCGCUGCGGUUGUUGCCCCGAUGCAGGAAGAGGACCCCCUCAACCAGAAGAAUCACAACAAGGAGCCCAAUACGCAACCAGAGGGUCCGGCCGGUUUGGGUUUAGCAGCAGGGCAAGGAGAGCUGAUCAUGUCACAAGAUCCGGAGACACGCCGUGAGCUGCACAAGCGCCUGUCACAUGUCUCUCAGGGUCACGUCCCAUACUGGGCGAGCUGUGAAGCUUGCAACAGAAGCCGAGGGCUGACGCCAGCCCGCAUGCGAAGUGACAGACCCGAUAAGGAGUAUCAGGUAGAUCAGUUCAUGUAUCGCUCAAGGUGCUUUAUCAUUCUAGUGCAUGUGCUUGCUUUUGCGAUUGGAGUGACGUUCCGACCAGAAGGGAUGAGUGGACGCGAAUCAGCCGGGCAUCUCGAGCCGUGGCUAGCCCACUUUGGGUUAGGCCAGAGCGCUGUUCCUAAGCCCUCCUUCUACUCAGAUCCGGAACCGCUGACCAUCAGCGUCGCACAGGCCCUAGCGGAACGAUAUGAGGGACACAGUGAAAGCUUUGCUCCGGAGCGCCACGCUCCCGUUGCUGAACGAGCAGUGCGGACCUUGAAAGGAAUUGUGUCUUCUCAUGAAUUACAACUUCGUGAAAAUGGUGUUGUGCUCGGGGAUGAUCCGGGUACUUUAGAGUUUCUUUUCAGAUACGCGGCACAUGUGCACAAUCGCUUUGCAGUGUCGGUUGGGAGCACCAUGUCUCCAUUGCAGAAGCUGCGGGGCCACGACCACAAGCCCCAGUUGGUCAGCCGUUCUAGCAAAGAGGAGAUUGAUUCCAAGUACGCCCGCGGGGUGUACCUGGGUCCUGUGCUUGGUUCUACCGGGCACCAGGUGCGUAUCCGGCUAGAUUCUGGAGAAACCAAGUUGAUUGUUGCGCCGGGUCUGAAGUUGCUCUACCUUCUUCGAUAUGAUGCUUCGUUGCUUGACGGUGCCAGGCCUCUGGAAGGCUUUGUGCCACCUUUGGAUGAGGAGCGCUUUCGUGAGCUCCACCUUCCCUAUGUGCCGGGAGGGGGACCCUCCAAAGAAUGGAUCCGCGAGCACGGUGGCACCCCAAAGUGCCCCGGAUGCUCCGAAGAGGCCACGUCCUCUCGCCAUUCGAUAAAGUGCGUCCGGCGCUACCAGCGGUGGCUCCGAGAUGCUGUGGACAACGCUCUUGAAGAGCUUGAUCGGGACCCUCCGCCCGCUCAAGGCCCACCGGCCAAGCGGGUUCGAUUCGGUGAUUCGGAAGUUCGUGAGUUUCCAGCGCCCUCGGCGCCCUCAGAGCAAGAAGUAGAAGUACCACAGAUCAAUGCGGAGGCCAACGACCAUCUUAGUGACUACGAGCCCUCGUUGCCCUCCGAGGACGAGGGAGAAGAUGAUCUGAUGGGUGUCGCCGAGGCACCGAAGGAUGAUCGCCCCGCGAUUCGGUUAUUGGAGGAAAUGUGGGCCUGCGGCUGCGUCCGCUACGUUCCCACUCCCUUGACCGCGUGUGAUGUGUAUGAUUUGCAAGCGUUUUGCUCGUUGCUUGUCGACGGCCGCUCCUCUUGCGAUAAGUUGCCGUACUCUUGCAUUGCGUUGCUUGAGCAUGAGCGUGUGGAGCAUGACGUUGCCGGGCUUGAGCGUGCCAGUUGGCCUCGAAGUUCCUACGACGACGUCGAUGGAAUCCAGCUAGACAACAAAGAGAGCUGGGAAGGAAUGAAGACUGAGGUCAAGGCCGUCGACUCUUUGCAAGUCGGCCUCCUUCGUUCCAGGUCUGAGGUUGACCGCUACCAGGAAGAGAACCCAGGGUUUUUCCCGCCGGGAGCGGGGAGACUUUGGAAGAAGAAGGCCGCUAAGGAAAUUGCCGGUUUAGGUCAGCUGGCUUUUCACAUCUGGGGCGAGAUCGCCAAGCCCCUCGCCAUCUACACCGACAGCGCGUCUGCUCGCCAGAUUGCCGGGAUGGUCUGUGUUGUGAACGACAGCAUUUACGCCCGGACUUUAGCUGCCAACUUGUGGGCACCUCUUUCAGUGAGCAAGUUCUUUCUCGACGCAUUGCAGACAUUGCCUCGCGGAGA